AGCGUUUCAGCAAAGUGAACCACAUUCGCCCUUGCUGCAAUGGACACACCUCAGGCCCAAGCGUGCUCGACCAAAUGGCGGCUGGAACUCGGCGAUUGUGGAGAACUUCCACGAUUGCCCGGUGACAAUGAAGGAGUGUUGCGAAUUUCAUGUGGCGAUACAGUGCAUGUGGCCCUCUCAGCUGGGAGCGCCCCCAUGUUGUGGAGUGCGCCCAGCCUGGUGAUUCAAGAUGAACUGGGUGAAGUAUUUUUGAUCGAAGGCGACAUGCAAGCCACAGCAACUGCAGACUGGAUAGUGGAAUGGUGCCCAGAAAGGCCUGGCCCCUAUGAGCUGUAUGUGCAGUAUGAAAGUGCAGAAGGGACUGAAGCAGAAACAGUUGCGGGGCCAGCCUUCCAGCUGGUGGUGGAACCGGUGUUGCGUGUGCAGGGCAGUCACCUUCCGGCGCGUUCUGUGACUCAGCUCACUGUUUUGUCGCGCUUGGCAGGGCCUAUCGAGAGAUGGCCUGAAACGCUUUUGCCGCAGGCCACUUUGGGAUACAACAUGAUCCAUUUCACACCUAUUCAGCCACCAGGAGAAAGUGGGAGUUGCUACGCCUUGGAUGACCAGGGAGAUAUCGACGCAACCCUGAUGGAGUCACCACCGCCAGACAAAGAGGGCAGGUGGAAAGUUGUGCAGCAAUCUGUGGAGAAGUUGCAAGAUGCUGGCCUGCUGUCUGCCAUGGACAUUGUGCUUAACCACUGCGCAGGAAGUGCACCUUGGCUUUUGGAACAGCCAGAGUCUGCAUACAAUGUGCGAAAUUGCCCACAUUUGGCUGCAGCAGCAGAGCUUGAUCUGAAGCUAGCGUGGUUCUCUGGCGAGCUCAAGAAUGGGAAGUUCGGCGGUCCCAACAUUCAGAACCACGGAGAUCUUGAACGCGUUGUUGGUGGAAUUCGCCAGCACGUUCUCGGGGCAUUGAACCUCCGUGAAUACUUCAAAGUCGAUGAGGCUUCCUGCAUCGAGGCUUGGAAGAACAGUCCCGACCCGUCCAGGACAUGGCAGGGUGACGCCUAUGGCACUCUGAAGAACAGCCUGCUGCCAUCCCUCGGAGCACAACGUUCUGGGGCUAUCAUUCCUGGAGAGGUCUCCAGGGAAGUGUGUGGAAGCAUAGACGCUUUGAAGGCUCACAUGGCAAGGCUGCAGUCGGAUUUGUCCGCUCACUUCAAUGUGUUGGAACAAGACAUUUUGCAGUCCUUGCGUGGAAGCAUCGAGUAUGAGAGACUCGUGUUGCAAAAAGGACCUGUUGGAGAUGGAAAUCAGGCCUUGGUUGAGCCUUACUUUCGACGUUUGCACUUGUCAGCUGAUGCUGCACAACGACUUGGUUACAGUGAGGAGGUUGUUGCUCACAAUGGAUGGGUAAUGGAUUGGCCGGCCACUGAAGAUUUUGCCGCCCCUUCCUGGAGAAUGGUUUACCUUAGGCGACAUCUCUGUGUUUGGACAGACACCGUGAAGUUGCGAUACGGCGAGAGUGAAGUUGAUGCGCCCUUCCUUUGGCAGCACAUGACGGACUAUGCCGUUGGUAUGGCCAAAAUCUUCCAUGCAAUUCGAUUGGAUAACGCGCAUUCAACUCCACUGCAUGUGAGUCGGCACGUGCUCGCAAGGGUCCGUGAGGUCAAUCCCCACUGUUGGGUGUUUGCGGAGUUAUUCACAGGGAAUUUUGAGACAGACUUGUUAUACCAAAGAACUCUGGGAAUCAACGCUCUCAUUCGAGAGGCAAUGCAAUGUGACAGCCCAGCGGAUUUGGGGCACAAACUCCAAAGUCCGAUUUGGAACGGCCACCCAGUUGGAGCUUUAUCUCCUAUCCCGACCCUUGAUCGGGUUCCGCCAGCGCAAACCUCGCAGCAGAAGCAUUUGAGCAAGUGCCCAUCACGAACUCUGCUGGCCGCUCCUGCACGUGAUGCGGUGCCUUUGUUACCACGACACUGUCCUGCACUUCUGUUCGAUUGCACACACGACAAUCAGACUCCAGCACAGAAAAGGCAUCCAAGAGAUGCCCUUCCAAAUGCCGCUGUGGUCGCCGCAAGCUGUGCCAGUGCUGGUAGUGUCCGUGGCUACGAUGAGCUCUUCCCAACCAACCCUUCAGUAGUGUCAGAGCGCAGAGGAUACCCCAAAGCGCCAGAAGUUGAGGUGCUGAAAUUGGGUGGUUUUGGAUCACCGGCAGCUGCACCAGCUCAGACUCAGACUCAGCCUCAGAUUGAGAAGGAAAAGGAGUUCACGAUAACCUGGCACAGCAAGGCCUCCAAAGUUGUGGCACGUGGAGCUUGGGAUGGGUGGGGUGCCAAUCUCAACUUUAUCAAGAACCAAGAUGGUCUUUGGUCCGCCGUAUUGAAGGUAGAGACCAGCAGACUUCCCUUGCAGUACAAGUUCAUUGUGGAUGAUCAAUGGACUGUCAAUGAGCAGUUGCCCCUCGCCCAGGAUGAACAUGGGAACCGGAACAAUGUGCUCAGUGCGGCAGGCAUUCCAUCAGCUCCACCACCCAGUGGCAGCACUUCAAUGUCUGGACCUGAUGCAUUGAUCAACAAGUUGCCAGGAAUUCUCACUGUCAAACAGGUGCUAAACAAACUUCAUUGGCAGCUGGGAAAGGAUGGUUACACGGAGAUACACGUGCAAUUCCUCGCAGAUGACACUCUUGCCAUAGAACGCCGUUCGCCAGACAACUCACAUUCUGUGUGGUUUGUCAUCCGUUCAGCAUUCUGGCGGGAUCGCAUGGGUGAUGGUCUGGAUGCAAAGGUGUUGGAAUUGGAUGGCAUGGUUUCACACCUGCAUAUUGCAGCCACGCUUUUCGUCGGAGACCAGCAUGAAAAUGGCUUUCGCAAGGACAACAACUUUGUCACGGGCCUUGAGUGCUUCCUACACAUCUAUGGUUCCGUGCAAGAAGUUGCCCAUGUUUGGACAGAAGGUGGCAAUUCCAAGUUGCGUCUCACCCGCUUUCCGCCGGGCAGUGUUAUGGUGCUGAGUACAGAUGCAACAAAGGCGCACCAAAGGCAUUCUGCUGUCCUACAGCUAUUGGACGCCCAAGAGAUUUGCAGGCCGCUGGAAGCCAUAGCUUUGCACCAAUUGAACUAUCUCCUCUACUCCUGUGAGUCCGAAGAAAGGGAUCGUUCAAAUGGCCAACGAGGUGCCUAUGUUGUUCCAGGUUCGGGGCCACUGGCCUACUGUGGAUUGAUGGGUGUGUGUGCUGCUUUGGAUGAGGCCCGACGCAGCUUUACCGAGGAUCAGCUUUUGCACGCACCCAUUGCCGAGAAUCUGCGACAAGGUGAUUGGCUGAUGAAGUGUUUGGUUGAUCGCCUUGCGGACAUGCCUGGCCUGGAAAAUGUCAAAGCUUGGCUUCAACGAGCAGCAAAUAUUUUGUCUGACUGUCCCAGGACUCUGGCACCCUUCUACUUUGACCUUCUAGUGCCGGGGCUGUGUGCUGCGGCCAGCAAUUACUUCUUGGAGAGCUCCUCGGAGUUCAUCGCGAUUGCAAGCUACCAAUCGGACUUGAUCAGAGACCUGGCUUUGGCCACAGUUCAGUUUUGGGGAGCCACCAAGUCAGCGCCCUUACAUUGGGAUCGUGCUCAGACAGAGGGUUGGCACAAGCUCCCAUCCCUUUGCGCUGGCCUUCCGCACUUCUCUGCUGGAUUCAUGCGGAAUUGGGGGCGAGACACUUUCAUUUCGCUCCGUGGCUGUCUUCUUGUCACUGGGCGUUUCCAAGAAGCUCGUGACACACUGUUGGUGUAUGCCAAUGUCAUCAGGCAUGGCUUGUGUCCCAACUUGCUAGAUGCAGCCAACCGACCCCGCUACAACGCUCGAGAUGCGACUUGGUUUUUUAUGCAAGCCAUCCAAGAUUAUGUCGCAGAAUCUCCAGAAGGAGAAGAGUUUCUGGCGCAGCCAGUGAACUUGAAGUGGCCGGUGAAAGACUGGGAUGGGGAGUUGGCGGAGUUGGAGCCCAAGAACAUCGCUGAUCUGAUGCAUUUGAUUUUCUCAGCUCAUGCCAAGGGAAUCAGCUUCCGAGAGUGGGGUGCUGGUCGUGGCCCUGAGGCAGGGAAAGGCAUAGAUGACGACAUGAGCGAGCGGGGCUUUGACGUGAAUGUACGGCUAGAUGAGCAAACAGGCCUUAUCUAUGGCGGAAGUGAGCACAACUGCGGCACUUGGAUGGACAAAAUGGGUUCAUCUGCAAAAGCAGGAAACAAAGGCAAGCCAGCCACGCCGCGGGAUGGUGCAGCUGUGGAGAUCAUUGGCUUGCUGAAGUCUUCACUGCGCUGGGUAUGUGAGCUGGACAAGAAGAUCUUCAAAUAUGAGGGUGUCAAGACAGCGUCGGGCCAGUAUCUUGAGUACAAAGAAUGGAACCAGCGCCUUCAGGACAACUUUGAGCGGUUCUUCUGGAUAGACCCAGAUGAGAGGGGAGCGGUAUCAAGCACUUCGAUCUACAGAGACACUGUCGGAGCCAGUCGGCAAUGGCAAGAUGCUCAGCUUCGACCCAAUUUUUGCAUUGCAAUGGCUGUGGCACCUGAGCUCUUUGCGCCAGAACGUGCCAACGCUGCUUUGGGUGUGGUGGCCACAAAUCUCAUCGGCCCUUUGGGGAUUUGCACAUUGGAUCCAUCUGACAAAGAGUACCAUGGUGACUACCACAACGACAAUGAUUCUGGGGACAUUGCCAUUGCACAUGGCUGGAACUACCACCAAGGUCCUGAAUGGGUUUGGCCUUUGGGCUUCUUUUUGGAGGCCUGGCACAAAAUGCAACAUGACACAGAGUCUGCAAAUCCAAGACAUGCAAUGCGAUGGUUGGUGGGGCAUCGAUCUAUGCUGCGCAAAGCGCCAUGGAGAUCUCUGCCAGAACUCACCAACAGCAAGGGGCAGCACUGUGACCACUCCUGCCCUGCACAGGCAUGGAGUUUGGGCACGCUCUUGGCGGCAUUGCGUGUGAUGAACGAAUGAGGGCACGUUUGUCAUUUUGAACUCUUUAAGCGCCAAGCGCUUGGUAUGACCAGAAGUGAGAUGGGCGGAAGGCACAGGGCAUCUGAACAUGUCUUUUUGGUACAUGAGUUGCAUUGCUUCUGCGUGUGAUUUGAGCUAUGCGUCUUUUUGCCAUGCCCGAUGGGCUUCUGCGACAACUCAUUUGAGGCUUUUUAAGAACCAGGCUGAGCCAGUUUCGAGGCUGUCCAUGAUCCCCUUUCAGUUCCGGCUGAGUGUUUGGGCCCUGCACCAAGUUGAUUCCAAAAAUUCACCGAGCGGUUGCCAUUCUACACCAAGUGUGCCUGGUGGCAAGCGGGGCUGGGCAAUCAGUUUAUCGUCAAUCACCCAGAAGUGGUGCCAGUAUAGUUUUGGCAAGCAAACGUGUGACCAAUCCUGGAAUUGCAGGAUUCACAAGAGUGCUUCAAUCGAUCGAA